CAUCCCAUCACCCUCAUGGUGACCCCACAAUGGUCUCGUUCUCCUCUCCAGGACCCUUCUCUGCUUAACAACCGCGUCCUGCUCCACCACGCCAAGGGCGGCACGGUCAUCGCUCGCCAGGGUGACCAGGACGUGAGCCUGCACUUCGUGCUCUGGGGGUGUCUCCACGUCUACCAGCGCAUGAUCGACAAGGAGGAGGACGUCUGCCUGUUCCUCACGCAGCCCGGCGAGCUGGUGGGACAGCUGGCCGUGCUCACCGGGGAACCUCUCAUCUUCACCAUCAAGGCCAACCGCGACUGCACCUUCCUCAAGAUCUCCAAGUCCGACUUCUACGAGUGAGUCCUGGCGCGUCCCCGUGGUGGAUCUCCGGCGCUUGGUGGUGCUCCCUG